AUGGCGGCUUCGCGCUCGGUAGCAAUCACCUACGUCGCCGCGGACUGUGGCUCUGUCAUUCCUGGCAAAUCAAAGGCACCGCAAGCCUUCCAGGAUGCCGGGAUAGUCAAAAAGUUACGAGAUGCCGGGGUACCCAUCGUAUCAGAGCUUGAUGCGUUGGAAUCACCGGCCAGAUACUCCGUCAAGCCUUUUUCAAAAGGAAGCGUCCGCAAUGAGGAAUUGAACAUAUCUGUGUGUCAAUCUGUUCGUCGUGCUGUUUCUCAAAACUUAGCGACCUCCCCAUCCAAUCAACCGCCCUUCCAACUUGUACUUGGGGGAGAGUGUUGCAUGUGUCCGGCCAUCCUCUCGUCUUUUUGGGAGCACGCCGCUUCACAAUCGCCCCAGAAACGGGUUGGUUUUAUCUAUAUCGAUGCUGACACCGAUCUCGCCUCCCCACAUGACCCCAACUCGACGGGGAACUUCGCUGGUAUGAAUACGACACACCUCAUUGGACUAGAUGGCGGGCUAGAAGCCAUGCGACAAUUCUCACGCCCGUCUGGCGAGGCUGUCUGCGACCCGAGCAACAUGGUCCUCUUCGGCAUCAAUAUGGGAUUUGCGGGGAACAAGCCGGAGCAUUUCGCCUAUCUGUUUGACAAUGAAUACACUGUCGUCAGCUCGGAAUCUGUGGCUCAUUCUCCAGAAGAAUCCGCAAGAAGGGCACUUAAACGGUUGGAAGAGAACACCGAUAUCAUCAUGGUCCACUUGGACGUGGAUUCGAUCGAUCCACUCUUUUUCCCAUUGGCGAAUGUCCCCAACUUCACCGGAGUAACUUUUGAGCAAAUGAUGGCCGCAUUGGGUGUGUUCUUGGCGAGUGACAAGGUGGCAGGGCUCACGAUUGCAGAAGUGAAUCCUGAUCAUGACCCAGAUUUGUCUAUGGUCAGUCGGUUGUCAGAGGAAGUUGUCCAAAUGCUAUCCUCGAGACGGUUUGCUUCUUCUUGA